AUGGUCCUUGACUGGACCGUUGUGGGUGACAGCUGCGAUUCGGAAUCUUCGGAAUGCACAGGUGUUAAUAUUUAUUUUGAUACAAAUCUUCUUCACUCAGAUGCGAGCACUAACGGAGCCUCCGGUAAUAAUAGACCCGUGGAUCCCAUAUUCGUCUGGAAUGUCACAGCAUAUGACGAUUUUCUUUCCAAUAUCCCGACGUUCCAGACAGAACUUGCCGUAUUUCCUCCUUACGAUUGGACUAAACAUUCGGUCAGACAUACACGCUCAAGCCAGGUGUAUUAUCCCUUUGAUCGCUACCUCGCUGAGAUAUUUGGCUUCGCCGAGGACGCGAGUACCAAUGAUACUGUAUCAUUAUCUCUCAAUUCAGCUUCUGGACUGGCCGUAGGUCUCAAAAUCUCGACGGAGGUCGAUGGUUCUUCGUCCCAGGACGGUGAUCCGGAAGUCAUCGAUGUUGUAGUUACCCUGCAACGAGGGACGUUAGUAAUAUGGUAUUGCCUUGUCAUCACCAUCACAUUCUGGUUUAUCACCCUCAUGAUAUGUCUUGUUAUGAUCAUGACUGUAGGAUUCGGCUUCCAGCAGAGGAACGAGAUUGUCACGGAUUUGGUGAUAUAUUGGGUACUUAAUGUUCGAUACAGCGUUGGUUCACAACUGACUCCAGACACAGAUUUCGUAGGCGUACUACCUUGCCUCGUCCUUUUGUCCAUUUCCGCGGUUACCAUGGUCGGGAUUUAUGUUUUCACAGAUCCCUCGAAGGAUUCUCGUGAAAAGUUAACUUGGCAUGCCUUAGUGAAUGCUCUCCGUCGCCCUAGGGACGUACCAAUAGAGACAUUCGAUAUGAAGAAUACAGCCCAAGAGUCCUACAGAAUGGUCCCUUUGUCAAGAGAUUAA